AUGUCUAGCCGUGCGGACGAACUUAUCGAUCAAUUUCUAUUAUUUCUUCGCCAGUCCAAUACGACGUUCAAACCGUUCCCAUUAUUAUCACUUCCGCCGGAAAUUAUCAAUCGAUCUCUGCAGCAAUUCAAUUGUGUUGAUCUAAUCGACUUUGCCCUUUGCUCAAAAAGAUGCAAGAAAACAGUUCGAAAGAUGAAUCAUGGGGUAAAAUCAAUCGAAUUGUCAAUUAUAGAAUCGAAUAGUAGUAUUAUAUUGAAAUCUCAAAAUGGAAUUCUUGGAUUUGUGGAUUUCGAAUCAUCAAUUCCAGAUGGGAUAAUUCGAUCAAGAUACAUCAAUUCGAAGGAAGUUUUUGUUUGCAAAACCGAUCUAUUCUAUUAUUGCCGAGACUUGAAAUGGAUUCCAAUUAAAUUGAUGUAUAGAUUUUUGUCGGAAAUCUUCGCAGCGCCCAUUCAUGUCUUGUUCAAUCCAAUACAAUAUUCCAAUUUUCAAUGGUUCUUCAAUGAAAUUCGAGGAGAACAAUUUGAAUCGUUGAUCAUUUCUGGACCAAACCCAAUUCCACCCCCUAUUUUGACAUGUCUGAUGAAUGACGUGAAAGCGAAUGGGAGCUUUGUUCUAAAUGUUCGACACAACGGAGUGUUCUAUCCACCUGAAUUGCCGAGUUUCUUUGAUGUGGACUAUCUGGAGAUGUUGGAUACAGCUGAAUGGAUGACAAAAGACAUAUUUCUGAGUUUAUAUUGCCGCAGAAUGCGAAUCUCCUUUUGUCAUUUGAAAAAUCGAGAUUUCGAGCAAUUCGUGACUCAGUGGUAUUUUUCAAAUAAUACUCGAUUGCAAUAUGUGGAAGUUUGGUUCAAAGUAACACCUGGACUUAUGAAUUUCAAACAUUUUCAACUUCAUCGAUGGGAUCCAUACAGAAGAGCACAGUUUUAUAACUCAACACCUCACCUUGUUCUCAACUGUUCAACAGGAUUCGAUAUCAUCCGAAAAGACGGAACUGUCGCCACAAUUCUCAUUUUCUCGGGAUCAUUUCAUUUCAUCGUCUGGAAAGAUCGAUUCCCGCCGUAUGGAGGAUCAAUUCUGAAUCUUGUUUGA